AUGGUUCUGCGCGACAAUCCCGGGACGGUGAUGUCCGCGGCGUUGUUUCUAUCGUGCCUGUAUAACUACGCAAGGUCGCAGGAAGUGAUAUGCUCUCUGGGCGACUGCAGAAGCACGACGACCACGAUCAUCAUGGCGAUGUUCCCUCGGGCCGUGGCCGUCGGAUGCAUGGUGUCCCGGGCAGCCGUGUUGUACAAGAACGUGACCGGCGCGGUGGCCGUGUACGAGGGCAAGAUUGCCGAGUACGAGGCGCACUAUCCGGAAGACGCGUGCGGCGCGCGCUUCCGCCGGGCGUUCGUCACCAUUGUCGUGGUCACGUGCGCCGCGAUCAUCAUACCGGUGAACGUGUACCGGAUCCACCUACUGUACCGCCAGUACCGAAGCAGCGGGCUCAUCGUGUUCCACGCGCUCAUGUACGUGCAGAACGCGAGUACGUGCGUCACCGAGUUGCAGUUCGUCGUCUACUGUUUUGGGCUGUGCCGCAUGUUCUGCCACAUGAACGGCGACAUGUCGGCGCUCAGGUCCGAGGCGAUCGUCGUCAACCGGUAUCCACCGGUGUUGAUGACGUGCCGUCCGCUCGGCGCUACCACCGAACUCUGCAGUGGGCCGUCACUCGUCGACGGCGUCGAGAGGCUCAAGCUCAGGCACCAGUUCAUCAGCGGCGCUGUCAGAGACCUGAACGCGCUGUACAGCUUCCAGCUGGUAGCGUCCCUGUCCGUUCUGUUCGCCAUGUCGCUGUUCGACAUAUAUGGCGUCGUGUCUAACGUCGUCAAGACGGCCGACAGCCAUCUGUUCUUCUAUGGAUGGGUGUUGCAGUACGCGUUUAGGUUCAGCAUGAUCGUGCUCACGACGCAUGUCACCACGAAACAGGCACUCAAAUCGAAAAUUUUUAUAACUGAUAUCAAUACCCGUCUUACGGAUAGCAAUACGAAAGAAGAGUUACGAUUGUUUUUGGAUGAAUUAUGCGGUCGUUCGGUGGAGUUCACGACCUUCGAUAUGUUUAUUAUUAAUACACGUCUCAUAACUUCUGCCAUCGUGACGGGUACAACUUAUCUCAUUAUAUUGUUCCAGUUUCAAUAA